AUGGCUACAGUUCAGAAUCCAGAGUCCGCCCUACCACAACUGUCGACACAUCUACCACAUGGCCUGAGCCAGAAUGGAGGUCGCGUUGAUCUGUCUCAGCUUGGCUUCCUGCGACCCACACUUCCCAGCUUGCCUGUCGUAGAGAUGCGCCGCAGACUGAAAGAAGACGGAUAUAUUUUCGUAAAAGGUGUUAUUCCCCGCGAGGACGUGCUGGAUGCUCGCGAGAACUACUUCCAAGCAUAUGCCGACACGUCUCUAUUGCAAUGGAAGACCCAGUUUUGCUCUGGUAUCUGCCACCAUCUCAUAGGACGAUUUAGUCGCCCCCUUGGAUACAUAACCAGGGUCCUGGUAUAUCCCCAGCAGGAGUACGAAGAUACCCUCCAAAAGAUAGAGGUAGCCACGGUGAAUCGGCUUAUGGAAAACGGCGAGUAUUCGGAAAUGAGGUUUAACUCUCUCUCGGCAUAUCUGUAA